AAGUCCAGCAGAUGGCAGUAUAUGCAACAUUAAGGAUGCCAAUAAACUCCAAAGAAGAAGAGGAGCUCGCUACAACACCGGAUGUGAUCUGACAGCAGGAGUCAAGAUGGGCACACGUUUGAAGGUCCUGAGCGUGUUUAAGGAGCUGCACAGAACAAGGAUGGCUGUGUUCAAAGAUGACAGCAGAACACUGACAGCUGCAAGGUUAAAGAUCAACGAGGAGUUUCGGAAAAACAAAGAUGAAACAUCAGAGGAAAACAUUCAGAAGAUGAUCAAAAUGGGCUCUGACGUGGAAGCUGUUCUUCGGCAGGGCGUGUUGCAAAUGGAACACGUAGGAGAAGAUACGCUCUUGCUUCGACCCAGAGAAAGCCUUUUACUAGAAAAUGUACCCUAUUGUGACCAGCCCAGAAAGAGGUCAUGACAUCUGACUAAAUAUUUUUAAU